AUGGAGGAGAAGAAGACCAGGAUACUGAUAGUGGGAGCGAGCGGACGUCUAGGGUUCGAAUUAGCCAAAGCCAGCCUCGAAGCCGCCCAUCCCACCUUCGCCCUUGUCCGAGACUCCGCCUUCUCCGAUCCUCACAAAUCCAGCAAGCUCCAAGUCCUAUCCACUUCCGGCGCCGUUCUCCUCAAGGGAUCGCUAGAAGAUCAAAUUUCGCUCGUCGAAGCUGUCCGGCAAGUCGACGUCGUCAUUUGCGCCGUUGCGUCUAGGCAGGUGCUCGACCAGAAGCCUCUCAUUGCUGCUAUAAAGGAAGCCGGCGGUGUCAAGAGAUUCAUUCCAUCUGAAUUUGGAACAGAUCCAGAUAAAACUAGAAUAUCUGGCUUGGACUACAAUUUCUAUGCAAGGAAAGCGGAAAUUCGGCGCAUUGUAGAAGCUGAAGGCAUUCCCUACACCUGCAUAUGCUGUAACUUCUUCGCGAGCUACUUACUUCCAUCACUAGUUCAACCAGGCUUAAAGACUCCUCCUAGAGACAAAGUGAUGAUAUUUGGAGAUGGAAAUGUUAAAGGUGUUUUCAUGAAGGAAAGCGAUGUUGCUGCCUUUACCAUCAAUGCGGCUGAUGAUCCACGAACACUGAAUAAAGUUGUCCACCUGAGGCCCCAGGGAAAUGUUUAUUCCAUGAAUGAGCUGGUCGAUGUUUGGCAGAAUAAGAUUGGGAAGAAGCUUGAGAAGAUCUUUGUCUCAGAAGAGGAACUUCUCAAGAAAAUUAAAGAGACUCCCUAUCCAGAAAACUUGGACAUGGUUUUCAUAUAUUGUGCUUUUGUGAAAGGAGACCAAACAUACUUUGAUACGGAGUCACCUGGUGGCGUGGAUGGGACAAGGCUGUAUCCAAACCAGAAAUACGUUACCAUAAGCGAGUUUUUGGACACCCUAUUGUAAGAUCUUACUCUCACUUCUUCUUGAACUAAUUAUAGACUGUUUGUCUUCAUUUUCUUUUAUUUGCCUUUUUCCCAUUCAUGGAUUCGAACACAACUGCAAUCCCUCUUCUAGUUUAUGCUUUAUCCCUCACUGCACGAAAAGCACACAAACCUGGACCUUCGAUGAAAUAUAUAAUUAUAUAUAGUGUGUUCGCGCUUUACACUGUACUUCGGCCCAAAAAUGUUUGAAUCACAUUAGAUAUUAGUGUUGAAA